UUAAUGUCGUAACCCUUAUUGAAAAUGUGGAUUAAAAGGCUGAGAUGUUGAACACAAACAUGUCAUGUUUCUGCUUCAGUUUGACAUUUUUCUGAGGUAAAAGCUCAACAGUCUAAAGAAGCCUGAACUCACACUGAAUGGUUCAAAGCCUGCUGACAGGUGAGAGUGAUUAGGUCUAAUUAAGCAAAGCUGUUUGAAUUUCUGCUCAUUAAAACACCAGACUCACUCUCUCACAGGCUCUGUUCAAUCUUCACAGAGAGCUCUGGUGUAUUUUAUCAGCUGAUUUCUGUUCAAGAGUAACAUCCUGACGAAAACUGAGCAUCAAUUGAAAUGAAGGCCCCUGUAGGAGCAACACGUAGGACUCAUUCACAAACCAAGAAGAGGACAAGAGCUCACUCCACGAUGAUCUACAGAGCUCAUAAAGAGGUUUGAAAUUCUCUUGUUUUCAUUGACUAAUUUAAAUAAUAAAGCACACUUAAAACCUUCUCCACAUUGCUUCAAAUAAGAACCAAGAGACACAGUUUUCUGACCUUCCUUGACCUUCCUCUUCCUCUUCUCCUGCAGGUCAGUCAUGGUGGAAUGAGGAAUCUGGAUUUCCUGGACAGCCGACUCAGAUUUCCCAAACCGGUCCUGCUCAGACUAGUGAGCUCAGAGGCCUCAAGACUGUCAAAAACCAACAGGGUGGGAGUGAUCACUGUGCAGGAGAUCAACGCUGCUGUCAGACAUGUACAACAGAGGAUUCACACCAGAGCGGCUGCAUAAAGAACAGGAUAAUAAUUGUAUUUUAUCACCUUUAUCAUUAUUAAAAAGUCUUAUACAUUUUUUAAA